GGCACUGUAACAAAAUAAAUUCAAUUCUUUUUCAGAUACUGAGCUAACAGAUACGUAACAAUUGCCAUUAUUUUGAAUAAACUACUUCUGGAGUCUGCGCGAAAUUGCAGAGGCAUAGCAGCGCUGACUGUGCGGUUGGGUCGAAGCGACAACAUGGACGGGUUGGAGGGUGAAGGAGACAGCAGUGUCGAGAUGCUAGCCGGCAUGGAGAAUGACAACAAAUCGCGGUCGCCGUCACCGUUGACGCCGACGCCGACGCCGCCGACAGAGUUGCGCUCAAAUGGAAGAAUGAGCAUUUCACCGGAAUUGGUAGAAGAGACGUGGCGUGGCCUGCCCAUCGAGGCCAUGCAUCGCAACUUGAAUGUUUUUGAACUGGAUCUCAUGACGUCCGUGGAGCCGGGUCCAUUGCACUCGGUGCUCCAUCAUUUUCCGAUACGCGUGCCGGAUACAAUGCCGCCACGUCCCCACAGACGUCCCAGCAAAUGGGACUCGCAUCAUGUGCGCCUGCCCUGCGCACCCCAAAGUCAUUAUCCGGUCGAGAAGGAGGAUGGUACGGCACAAAUAGAGUCACGUUGGGAGAUGAUCGAGAAGGCGCUACUGCGUCCCAUCUCGUCCAGCAUGGAGCUGCAGGAGGCCAUUCUCACCUACAAUGCUAAAUACAAGCACCAGUGGAACUUUGUGGCACUGCACAAACUCUUUAGCGAGGAUCUGGAUGAGAGUGAGACGCGUGUCUUCUUCGAAGAUCUGUUGCCGCGCAUUAUACGGCUCGCUCUACGUCUGCCACACCUGAUCAUGGGACCCAUACCAUUGCUGACUCAGAAUAGAACUUAUUCGGUGACGUUCACACAGCAGCAGAUCUCGUGCCUGCUGGCCAAUGCAUUCCUCUGCACCUUUCCGCGUCGCAACACCAUGAAGCGCAAGUCCGAGUACAGUAACUUUCCAGAUGUUAACUUUAACAGGCUCUAUCAGUCCACGAGCCCGGCCGUGCCCGAGAAGCUGAAGUGCAUCUUCCAUUACUUUCGUCGUGUGUGUCCGACGGAUCGGGAUGCCCGCAAUGUGCCGACUGGCUGUGUAACCUUUAUGCGUCGCAGCUUCAAGACAUCGGAUAUGCCGGACUGGGCACACUUUUCCACAUCGGUGGGCGCUUUGCCGCUGCACAUUGAUGCCGCCGGCACCAUUGAGGAUCAAGGCAUUGGACUGCUGCAGGUGGACUUUGCAAACAAGUUUCUGGGUGGCGGAGUGUUGGGGAAUGGUUGUGUGCAGGAGGAAAUACGUUUUGUAAUAUGCCCGGAGCUGCUGGUUAGCAAGCUGAUUACGGAAUGUCUGCGUCCCACCGAGGCCCUCGUUAUAAUGGGCUGUGAGCGGUAUAGUAAUUAUACGGGCUAUGCCGACACAUUCGCCUGGGCCGGCAAUCACGAGGACGAGACACCGCUGGACAAUUCCCGACGCCGUAUGACCUGCAUUGUGGCAAUCGAUGCGCUGCGCUUUAUGGAACCCGGACAUCAGUAUCGCGAGGAGUUGUUGAUUCGCGAACUGAACAAGGCGUACGUUGGCUUCAUGCACACGCCGAUGACACCAGCGCCGGGAGUUGCAACAGGGAAUUGGGGCUGUGGCGCCUUCGGAGGCGAUGCCCGUCUCAAGGCAUUGCUGCAGAUGAUGGUCGCUGCGGUGCACGAUCGCCCGCUAGCCUAUUAUACGUUCGGGAACAAGGAGCUGCGGGACGAUGUCUAUGCCAUGCAUCAGCUAUUCAAGGAGAGGGAUGUGUCUGUGAAGCAGCUAUGGCUCUUGCUGCGACGCUACAAUCGCUAUCGCCAUGUGCCCCUCUACUCCUUCAUCAAGCACGAGCUGCUGGAACAGUCGUGCAAUCGAGAUCAGGCAUUUGCUGCAGGCAGCGAGCUCACAGCAUCGAGAGCAAUGCGUAGGUGUGCGGGCCCGCUGUCUAGCAAGUCUUCCGCGUUGGAGGAGAACAGGACAGCAGCUGAGCCGGACAAGGAGAGGGAAGGGAAAAAGGGCGAUGAUGACGAUGACGAUUCGUGCACUCAAUUCUUUGACACCAAUGAUGAGGAUGAGCAAGAGACGGAUGCCAUUCUGCUCGCUGCCGCUAUGGAGGCUGAUGCCGCACAUCAAGUCAAUGCCACCCCAACGACCACAACAACCUGCGCAUCCGCCUCCGCUUCCACCUCGACCAUCUUCGUCAAUAGCAACGCCAACAGCAGCUGCUCCAGCAGCUCGCCAGCCACUCCAACCAACAGCAAUUCGCCGUCGCGGGCUGCCACCAAAUGCACCCGUCAACUAACACUCUUGGAAAUGUUGGAUUCCCACUACGAGCAGGGCACCUCGGUGGGCUCAAAGCGCAAGCGUCAGGGCAAGGAUUGCAAGGUUGAGAGAGCUGAUGGUGGUGCUGGCGAUGACGAGCCAGUCGAGAAGUAAAUUAUCUCUCUACAAGACAGAAGAAAAAAAUGCUCAUAACCAGCGUCUGCGAAGCUCUUAUGUUGACUGAUCUUACGUCGUCUAUAUAUACCCCCUAUACACCAGUUAGAAAAAAUUUGUUGUUAUUGUUCACUUCGCAGUCAUUUCUACACACGUAUAGUACGUCGGAUAGUGCGUACCAAACAAAAAAAAAAGAAGAAAAAUAGAACCCUCUAUAUGAACAGCUCUCCAUUUCGUUUCAGCGUUUUCUGCAAAUUGUGAAAUAUUUUUUAGGAAAUAUUGUUUGAGAAAUCUCUGUGCUAAGCAUAGUCAUGUAUUUAAUUUUUUUUUUAUUUUGUAAUUUAAAUAUUUUUAUUUAU